AUGGCUUCUUCUUUCUUUCUCACGGUGGUGGUUGCGCUCAUGUACCUCAAUGCCACCACAAAGCCGCCCAACUCCUGUUACGAUCCGAUCAAGGAGGCGGUAGCCACCGAUCUACAAUGUCUAUGUAACCUCUAUGAGAAUCCUGCUUUCUUGUCUUGUCUCGGAAUCAAUGUUGCUCAGGCACUUUGUCUUCCUCAAUUGUGUGGAAUGUCAUCUGACACUACCGCAUGUAACAACACUACUGGUUAG